AUGGACAAGUCUGUCAGAGUGAAAUUCAAUGGCGGCAGAGAAGUUGUUGGUAUUCUGAAGGGACACGACCCUUUGCUGAACUUGGUGUUGGACGAAGCGAAAGAAUACAAUCCAGAUCCCGAAGACCCUUUCCGUUUAUUGGACACAACCAGAGACCUUGGCUUAGUGGUUUGCAGAGGUACGGCUGUAAUCCUCAUUUGCCCCACAGAUGGUAUGAUGGAGACGGAGAACCCUUUUUUCGAGGAAGGAGACGAGGAGUAG